CACUAACGCUCACACAUUCAUACACCGAUACACAGAUCGGUAGGCAACUUGAGGUUAAGUGUCUUGCCUAGGGGCACAUUGACAUAUGGCAGGAGGAAUGCGAAAUAUUGUGCAGAAUAAGAACAUUUUCCUUCAAGUAAUAACUAAAGAAACUAUUGGUGCUGUUUUUCAUGCUUUGCUAAUCACGUGCCUGUACUUUUUUUUUUUAACUUCCUUAGAACAGAAGUAGAUAAUCUAUCAGAACAUGCUUUGACUCAGUCUGAGUGGAAGACCAAAAGUUAGGUUGAUGGUAGAUUAAGCUGUCAAGAAACUCUUACACAGAUGCUGUUGGCUGAUAAAGUGACAAGGAAAAUACGAUAACGUUUAUUUUUUGUGGGAGUCAGACUGAAACUUUGAAAGGUAAAAAGGACAUUAUAUAUUUUUGUAUUUAUGAAAGCAUUACAUGUAAAAUCCUGCAAACUCUGAUGCUGUCUGCUGGUCUAUAAAAUGUUGCAACUGGAUAAUCCUUUAUGCAAGAUGUAAACUGGCACAUAGAAAGGUUUGCAAUAUUUUGCUUGUGUGUAAAAAAUAUUUUUUAAGUUAAUACUGCAAGUGUGAAGAUUUGUAUGCAAACUGAGCUAUGAAAGUCCCUCAAUGCAUUCUGUAGAAUUAGAUUUUCAUCUAUGAACUGAUGAUUACUGUGUAACCAGCAGUCGGAAAAAGCGUCUUCUUAACUAAACAUCAAAAUAACAGACAUAUCCAUGAAUCUAAACUUUUUACGACAGACAGUUGUUUUCUUUUUAUAAUAAUGGUUCUUAAACCAAAAACCAAACAAAUUUACCAGAGAAAAUAAUUCAUUUAUUAACUUUCUUGCAUGGAUGGACACACCCUAAACUAAUACUUUUGUUGAAGCACCUUUUGACUCAUGUUUAGACUGCAGUCUUCUUGGUUGCACACCUGCCAUCAUUUAUAGUGAAUCUGAAUCAGAAGCAUCUCAAAGUUAGAAGAUUUCAGGAGAAGGAUGAAAACAGUAAUUAUACACCGGAGUUUGCAAUAGGAAUGUUAAAGCAGCAUAUACAUUAAAAAAUUGACUUCUCUCUAAAAUUAAUGAGACAUAGUAACCAAGACAAUAAAAUAGAUAUAGUUACCUUUCCAGGGAGAUACACACCAUGAAUCCAACGCUGGCCAAUAGGCCAAAAAGUUGGGCAUAAAAACUAAUAAAAUCAUGCUCUUUGGUCAUCAGUGCUAUUCUGAAAUUGAAACUGACAAGAUCCCAACAGCAGCACUAAAAUACCUUUAGGAGUUGCCAGCAAGUAGUGGUUGAUACCAGGUUAAAACCUACUAAACACUUCUGACAGCAAGCUUUAUUGUAUGAUGAAAUAAAACUUUAACUUUUAGGUCAUAAUUCCAAAAGAUACAUUUUGUACAAAAACAACUGUCAUGUCUGAAACAUGCUGGUGGCAGCAUCAUGCUCUGGGGUUCCUUUUUCAGAUAGAACUGAAAGUUCUUUUACAAGGUGAAUGCAGUUCUGAAUAGUUCUAAAUACCAGUAAAUGUUGGUAAAAAGCUGGGAAUGAGAAAUCAAGUUUUGAACUUAAUGCCACAGUCAGAACAAAACAUGGCAAAAUCUGUGCAGUUGCCUGAAAAGAGUUGUGGACAAGAGAUGUCCUCAGAAUACAAUGGAUUUGGAAAUUCUUUAAUAGGCUGAGUGGCCAAAAUUUGGCAAGUAAAGAAAUUAGAUAUUGAUAAACUCCAGGGAGAAUACUCAAUGCUAACAUUUAAUCAAAAAAUAUUUGAACAAAGUAUUAGUGUAAGCAACCACGUUGCUGUGCCAAUUAAUUAUUAUUCUUUGUUUCUGAUGUUUGUUUUUCAGUUGAACUGUAAGGCAUAUAUGUCACCUUAUAUUUAAAAAAAAUCAUUUUCACUGUCUCAUUUAAAAUCGCAUAAGCCUGCCAUUUUAACAAGAGUAAGUAGACAGACCCACUGUAUAAAACAAAAGCCUUUUAAUUAUAGUAUUUUAAGUAAAUUUGCUGAUUGCCCGAAAUCACCUUUUUGCCAUACAGUAACGCUGUGAGUAUACCAAGCAGAAAUUAGCUGGUAAUUAGUUAGCUUGAUAUCUGCAGCUAGCCUGUGCUUACUCUUUACUUAACGAUGGAAUCAAAAUAAACUGUUGUCACUUAAGCAUCUCUUAAAUCGCAGAUCUUCCAUUGAGUGAUGGGAGAUUUCAUCAUCAACAACACCUCAUGGGACAAAAACUACAACUACAGCAAUGUUAACUUCAGCUACCAUAAUGAUACCAGCAGCCCUAAUGGUGUCAGCUUCAUAUAUGUGGUGCAUUGGAUCAUCAUUUGCAUUGAACUCCCUUUUACUCUAGUUGCCAUAUUUGCAGUUCUUUCAUUGGUGAAAAAUGAUCAUGUUACUCCAGUCUAUGUCAUCAAUCUUCUUAUUUCGGACCUCGUUCAGCUGGGCAGCAGAAUAGCACUGAUGACCAAAGAGCAUGAUUUUAUUAGUUUUUAUGCCCAACUUUUUGGCGUAUUGGCCAGCGUUGGAUUCAUGGUGUGUAUCUCCCUGGAAAGGUAUUUGCUCAUUGCCAAGCCUUUGUGGUACAGAUUCAGGAGAAACGUGAAGAUAACUUUGGUGGUGUGUGUCAUGGUUUGGGCUUUUCCUCUUCUUUUAAUGGUGACUUUUUAUUUCAACGUUGAGAUUGCAGAUAUCAUCUUGGGUUUUUUUCUCCUUGUCCCUCUGCCUUUGUUCAUCUUCUCCUUGUUUGGGACCAUCAAAGCUCUGUCUUCAGCUCGCAGUGUUCCUGCAGAUGAAAAACGAAGAAUUGUUGCAGUUCUGGUUAUGGUGCUGUUUAUUUACACACUGCUGUUCCUGCCUUUUAUUGUUACUCUACUGGUAGCAGAAAGUACAAAGAGCCCAACUUUUGAAACCUUUGCAACAAUUAGUGUUUGUAUUAAUCCUCUUGCAGACUCUCUUUUAUAUAUUUUAUUGAGGAAGAGUGCCAUGGACAGUUUCUUUGCCUCUUUUUGUUGUGUAUCUGACUAUCAGCAGAGGUCCACAAUGAAUACUGACAACAUGUCACCUUCAUGUUAGUACAAGUUUUAAUUUAUGGUGCUGAUGCAAAAGACUUUUCAGAAGACACAUUUUGCUGUAGCUGUUCUUUAGCCUUCUUCAACAAAGUGGAUAAAAUCUGUAAAGAAUAUUUUAUAAAUUUACAUGAGGUUCAGCAAAAAAUAUUUUUGUUCUGGCUAAACUAAUCCAAAUAAACUUCCAUUGAAUUGAUCAGAUGCAUUAAAGAAAAAAAAAAAAAAUGGAUUAAGACUAGAGGAUAGAGGAUCAAAUUAAACUAUUUGUUGGAUUAUCCAAAAAACGUAUAUGAAAGCUGUGAGGGAAGACUAUUUUUUACAAGAUAUACCAAGGUUUGAACAGCUUUGGUUUUAAAAACCUUUCAUUUUUUUCUAGCCUAUAAACAGUGUGUUGAACAAGACCAAGUCCAUUAAAUAAAAAUCCAGAGAAAGUGAUUGGAAGAAAGUAAAGAGGAACGCACAUCAUGAGACGUCCGUCAAAUGACACUUUUAACACACGUUGGAACUUUCACAACAGACCUGUGAAUUUUUGCCAAAUGCAGUUAGCCUACCACAGGAAACGUGAAAACACAUCAGUUCUCAAUUGAAAAAAAAAAAAUCCUGCUGAAUAUCCAUACUGAAAUGUAAUGGGUAAUGUGUCAGGAACAAAAUGACGCCUCAUAGCUAGAUGAAACUGAUCAACCUACAAACAUCUUAACCCAAAGUCACAGAGACAUUUAAACUGAAAAACUGAUGCUGCAGGCUAUUCCAAUUUGCUGAAAUGUCAUUGCAGCAACUCCAAAUUGCAGCAACUCCAUGUGCUUGUAUGCAUGCCUGACAACGUCUUAUGAGAUGAUGGAUGGUGUCCUGUGGUAUCUCCUCCCAGGUCCCGACCAGGGCAUGACGGAGCUCCUGGACAGUCUGAGGUGCAACCCGGUGGUGUUGGGUGGACCUAAACAUAAUAUCCCAGAGAUGUUCUGUUAUGCUUAGGUCAGGAGAGCAUCAAUUCCUACAUCUUCCCGGAACUGCCUGCAAACUCUUGUCACAUGAGGCCAGGCAUAGUCACCAGGGGGAACCCAGAACCCACUGCUCUGAGCACUCAGUGGGUCUAAGGAUUUUAAGAAUGCUACUUCUGCUUGAAAGACGCAAGCAGAAGUAGUUCCUACACUUGCUUCCUGUGUCUCAGAGAAUAGACUUAUAUAUUAAAUUAGUUUAUAAGUCACUGAAUGGCUUAGCACCAAAAUACAGUAAAGAUUUGUUGUUGCUGUUUCAGCCUUCCAGACCACUCAGGUCUUCUGGUUCAAUGUACUAUGAAUCCACAGAAAAAGAACCAAACACGGAGAAGCAGCAUUCAGUCCUUUUCUCCACUAAUCUGGAGCAAACUUAAAGAAAACUGCAAAAAUGCUGAAUCCCUGAGUUCCUAUAAAUCAAGGUUUAAAACCCAUUUGUUUACAUUGGGUUUUGAUUCUUCUAAUAUAAAAGUUUAAAAGGUCCUGCUAAUAAGACAAAAAGUUUAAAAUUAUAAUACAGGUUUCUACUGGGGGAAAUGGUCAUUUGGGAUUUUCUACCUUAGAACAGAGCAGGGCAGACUAUGCUGUGUGCGGUGAACGGCAGUUUACUGGCAAAGACCCUUUCCCUUGGUGGUUGAGUGAGGCUCUCCUGAGAAGAUGUCAAGGAGAAAGGUGAUUAGAGUGCCAGAGAGGAUAGAAGCAAAGUUCUGUCAAGGUUGUUUCAGUUAGACUGAAGCAAAGUUUUGAAAUGGGACACAAGCAAAGUUCUAAGGAAUUUCAUCCCCAGGGAGAAACGUUUGACUAUUUGACUUUAUGGUAAUAACUAUGGACAUAAAUAAAUGGGUUAAAGAAUUAUAUUUUUCCAAAAGGGGCGUUGUUCAGUCCCAACAUAUUAGAAUAAUUAAUAUUAAUCAGUAGUACAACUUUUCUUUACUUCCUUUUAUCAUGCAACUGCAAUGUACUUUUUUAUGUUCCUUUGUUUGUCACUGCAAAGUUGUAAAGCAUUUAGAAUUGUCUUGUUGCUAAAAUGUACUCUAUAAAUAAACUCAUUAGUUAUACAUGAUGCAAUAUCUGAUGAAUUUGUUUAUGUGGUCAAUACAGGCUUUAGAGAGAGCUGAGAUCACUUGAAGUUAAAAUAGGAUUUUUGUGGAUCUACCUGAAUAACAGUGGUUUAGAAGUACUAAGCAGAUUAUUUGCAUUUAAAAGAGGGAAAGAUAAUAUUACCUUUAUAGUUUGGUAAGCAAAGUAGCACCAGAAGAAUAGAAUUUUGAUGUGAUCUUUCACUGCAGUAUGAUUGAAAUUGUAUUUGUAAAUUUCACAGUGAAUGUUUUUACCCAUAUGUCUUUGUAUCUUAGUUAUAUACUCAGUAGAAAAGCAUGACAUAUCUGUUAAACUCUUGUGGUGGUGAUGAGGAGUCUUGUGUUUACUAUCUUGGCUUAAAUCUUAGAAGGUCUCAACAAAAAGAGGAAAUGUUUCAUUUUGACAUUGCAUAGAAAGAAAGAUAGUGGAAACUUACUGCAACAUGUCUGCAGCUGUGUGAUUCAUAUCGGCCCACAUUUAUCAAACAUCUACAGCAGAAACAUCAUUGGACGGCCUUUUUAACUCAAACUGUCAUUUGUGACCUUGCCAUUUAAUGUUGUCUUUUGUGUAGUUAUGUGCAAUAAAACAU